CUAGCAGCAUUAUCGACAAUAGCUCAAAUGUGGAAGCCAUCCAAGCCGAUCGUCCUCCCUCCCCAAUGGGAAGAGGUGACUGAAUGUCUUCUGGUUCCACACAGAAAGACAAUCCGUUACCUACCUCUCCACAAGGUAAAGAAGAGCAAACUAAGCUGCACGGGCCUUGGAAAUAGUGUCGAAGCUGACAGAAGUGUCUUGAAAGCUCACCCUUAAGCACUGUUCCUUCAGAGCAUUACAUCCGGAAGCAGUCCCACAACAAACUAGGACAUGUUUGCAAAUGAAAAUGAAUACUUAACAAACGUGCAUAUGUUUCCCAACAGUGACGCUAAUUAAGCUCCAGUAAACGCAAGUCCUCCUAUGUUUAAUAAAAUGAUUGAGUAUUAGGGAUCAGUAUGGCCGACAUUAAUUUUUGUAUAUGGAUCUACCAUGACUUCACAGUUAAGUUACCAGGUGAUUAGCACUAAGCCUUACAAAUCCAUUUCCCUGGCUGCAUACAUAUUUCCAACAGGAGACGACGUGAUUGUUGCCCAAAUGUAAUGGUGCCUUGUAUCCAGCUGUUUACCGUAUUUUGAGCCCUUUAGGAAGCUGGUUCUACUGAGAUCUAUUGCUAGGUCCAUCCACAUGUCUGGGAGAGGCAUGCACAUGCCCGAGAGGUACGGAUCCUUGGGAAAGACAACUCACCCUCGAAGAAGUGGUAGAAGUUCGGUGGUGUGGUUGCUGUGGCGACACACACAUGGUCAUGGCCGCGAGUCUCACACUGCAUCAGGGGAAGCCGCCGCCUGCCUUCUUCCGUGGAAGAAGCACCAUCCCUCUGCAUGCUUAGACUUGCCUACGGCUUGGUCCAAGAUGAGACACGUGUUUGGAAUAUGGAUAGCUGUGGCCCACUGGAAGUGGAGGAAGGUCGGCUCACAGAAAGCAGCAGUGGCUGCGAGUGUCCUGAGUGGGAGAGGAGAGCCACCGCUUUCCAGCUCGGCCCUGAGUUCUUUUAUUUCUGCGUGUAUGUAGAUAAUGCAGAUCCACACCCGUAACCUGAGUGAGUUUCCCUUACUUUCAGUCAGAAGGCUUUAAUACAGUCCCCGAAUAAUUAUUCUAUUUUCUGGAGCAUUAUCUAGUGUGUGUCACCCUGACAGGCCUGGAGACAAGGGCUGUGACUGAAGACGUGAUCACAUAAUGUUUGGCACUGGCAGAAGUCGUCCUUCCACCUCAGAGAUAGGGGUCUCUGCCGGCUGGUGUGGGGACCCCCGUCAUCUUUGAAAGAACUUUGCAAAAUUUUUUUUUAACCUUCUUUAAAAGUCACUUUAAAAGGUUUUAAAAUUCACAGACCCAAAGAAAAAAAUAACCGUCCUAAAAUGAGUGUCGGAUGGUGUCCCCUGGCCACUGGGGAAGCGACGGGAACUCCUUGGGGGGAGCUCCAUGACCCCUGGGCAAGGUGGACGUGUGUCUCCACUCCGGCAGAUGUCUGCCCGGCAGCUGGGCGGACGUCGCAGGGAGACACGCACGAGGACGUCUGCGGGGGUGCUGCUUGUAAGACAGCUCACGGGAGCAAGCAGCCCUCCGGUGGAGCUGAGACACGUGUCCAAGAUCUCGCCGCAUUCUCUAUGUGGCAUUGCUAAGGAUAAAGCGAGUAUAGCCCGGUGGCCUCCCAUGCCACCUCUGAGGACCGCCUGUUUCCUUCCUUGAGACCGUUCGUAUAUCGUUCUCCAGCUGGGACGGUUCACGGCCAGCACUGAGCUUAUCUGACCUGAACAUUCAUUACUUUGACUCUGGCAGAACCUGAACAAUCCUUCCCUCCGGCGGUCUGAGCCCGGCGCCCCGAGGGCAGCAGCUCCGGCCGUGCCACCCAGAGCUCGACCCGCACCUGCUCGGCUGCGGGACUCUCCCCAGCGGGCCAGUCCGCACCCCGGGUCCUGUCACACCAGGGGCCUGUGUGUGUGUGUGUGUGUUUGUGUGUGUCUUGAGAUGCCAUUAAAAUUCUUACAAAAACUGAAAGUGAAAUGAGGAAAUGAUUGGGCAAUCGGAUUGAAGCGCCGGUGCCAGGAAGACCUAUCCUGCAGCGGGGCCAGGACAAGGCCGGGCGGACAGAGGGGAGCGCAGGAGAGCUGUCCUGAGGGCGACCGCAGGGCCAGGCCCCCGAGUCAGUGUAGGACACCAGCAAGCACAGCUCACAGGAAAUGAGCCAUUCCCUGCGCUUGCUUACUCGAAAGGCCCGAACCUUCAAAGUUCCAGGAGUGCCAUGGAUGGCUGCGCAGGCCGGCAGUCACGCCUUUCUCCCUGCCUGGAGAGGGGAGAAGAAAUGAAACUGAAGGAGUGUGUCUCCAUCCUCCCCCUGAAGGAAAGCCCCUCUGUCCCAGUCUCCAAAGAUGGAACGCUGCUGGCCGUGACCUUGCUGCUGGCCCUGGCGGCCAGCUGCCUCUCGGUGCUGGCGUUCUGCAGGGUGGCUGCCCUUCAGGCCGAGCUGCGGAGCCUCCAGGCGGAGCUGCGGGAACUCCACCGGGCUGAGCAGCUGCCAGGCGCCCCCCAGGCCGGAGCCGCCGCCCCCAGGGCAGCCGUGCGGGAGGCCCCAGCUGUCCCCUCGGCUCUCAAAGGGAUCUUUGCACCACCCGCUGCAGGAGGGGGCAACUCCAGCCAAAGCAGCAGGAACAAGCGUGCCCUUCAGGGUCCAGAAGAAGCAGUCACUCAGGACUGCUUGCAACUGAUUGCAGACAAUGACACACCUACCAUACGGAAAGGUGCUUACACGUUCGUUCCGUGGCUGCUGAGCUUUAAAAGAGGAAGAGCCCUGGAGGAGAAGGAAAACAAAAUCCUGGUGAAGGAAACCGGUUAUUUCUUUAUAUAUGGUCAGGUUUUAUACACUGAUAGCACCUUUGCCAUGGGACACCUAAUACAGAGGAAGAAAGUCCAUGUCUUUGGGGAUGAAUUGAGUCUGGUGACUUUGUUCCGAUGUAUUCAAAAUAUGCCUGAAACACUACCCAAUAAUUCCUGUUAUUCGGCUGGCAUCGCGAAGCUGGAAGAGGGAGACGAGCUCCAGCUUGCAAUACCACGGGAGGACGCGAAGAUAUCGCGAGAUGGGGACGGCACGUUUUUUGGUGCAUUGAAGCUUCUGUGACCUACUUACACCUGCGCUGCGGCUGGAUUCCUUCCUUCCUCUGUACCUCUAAGGAGAAGACACUUAACUGGAAAUACCCAAAGGAAGAAAAACAGUAGUUAACUCGCCUUUUCUGGGAGCUACUUAUUUUGAUUCACUGAAACUAGACCAAAACAGGAAAUUUAACAGACAACCACAGCCAAAGGGUGUCAUGUGAAUUACAAGAAACAGGGCCCCUUUAGGGAAAGAUAGAAAGUAGGCUUCUCGCUGCAAUGCCAUGUUGAACGACGUUGUCGUGGCUUCUUGACCUGGAGGGAGCACAGGUUGCCAGGGGGCAAUCGUCAUUUCUUCCAAAAUGACAUUCCAUCAUGUCUGCGGGACAUUAGGACAUUCUUGGGAAAUCUCAGCAUCCAGCCAGAAUCUUUACGUUAAAUAUGCCCCUCUCCUUUUGCAGUUAACAUGGUGAGAAGUAUUU